CCGAGUCGGGGACUCUGGGUGUCCCAGGCCAGCUGCCUGGGGCCGAGUCGGGCGCGCGCGAGGAGCCGGGGGCGGGCAGGCGCGCGGGACGGGGAGGGGGUCGGUCCGCUGCGCUGCUUCUGCUGCAUUGCAGCCUCCUUCCCUCCCCGCCGUCCCUCUCUCUCCCUCCCUCCGCGGCUGGCGCGCUGCACAAUGGCGGCUCCCAGCCCUGGUCCCGGCUCUGGCUCCGGCCCCGGGUCGCAGGCGGCGCAGACGACAGUCAGCAGCAUGCAGGGCUUUCAGAUAAACUUCUGUGAAAAAGCACAAAGUAAGCGCAGAGCACUGAAGCUGAAUUUUGCAAACCCACCUUUCAAAUCCACUGCACGAUUUACUUUGAACCCUGGAGUUCCUUUUCAGAAUCCACACAUUGAUACUCAAGCAACAAUGGGUAGUAAUCACAUUGCCCCCUUCACCUUCAAAAGGAGAGAGGCGGAGAUGAUCGUGAAACUUUCCAGCAGGCUACAAGAAUUAGGUCAACAGUGGAUGAAAAGGAACAGAAACAGCUUUUAAUGGAUCUGGAUGUAGUAAUGCGAAGUAGUGACUGCCCGUAUAUUGUUCAGUUUUAUGGAGCACUCUUCAGAGAGGGUGACUGUUGGAUCUGUAUGGAGCUCAUGUCUACCUCGUUUGAUAAAUUUUACAAAUAUGUAUAUGGUGUAUUAGAUGACGUUAUUCCAGAAGAAAUUCUAGGCAAAAUCACUUUAGCUGUAAGUUUUCUAGAGAGACUGAGAACACACAGCAUUGAAUCAUCAGGAAAAUUGAAGAUUUCCCCUGAACAGCAUUGGGAUUUUACUGCAGAGGACUUGAAAGACCUUGGAGAAAUUGGACGAGGCGCUUAUGGUUCUGUCAACAAAAUGGUCCACAAACCAAGUGGGCAAAUUAUGGCUGUUAAAUGCAAAAGCAGUGGGCACAGCCAGGCACCCUUGCUUAGUGGUAAUCACAAAAAAUUGUACACGGUUGAUCCAAGUCGAGAAGAUUUACUGAAAUUGUCUGUGGCGGUGUUCACUUCCAAUUCAGUGCUCCCCCCUGAACUAUUAGAAGGGCUCAAGGCGGAGGACAAAAGAGCCAAGAACACCUGUCACAAGACUCAUCAGACGGUGGCUUGGGCCAUUAAAACUUCCGCUUCUACAUCCUUUCUGUCCAGGGCAGAUCCUCGCCAAGAUACCAAAUUAAGGCAGGUUGUUAACAAAAUUAUCGCAAUGACAGAAUACACUGCUGAUGCCACCCUGAACGCUGCUAAGUUUGCCUCUAGAUCCCUGACCUCUAAUGUCACCACCAGGCGCCUCUUAUGGGUCAGGCAUUGGAACAUGGAUAUGCUCCCCAAGUGGAAGCUCGCCUCGGCUCCCUUUAAGGGCGGCAAGCUUUUUGGGGAGGCCCUAGAUCCUGUCCUUGUUGACAAAAAGGUCAUAUCUUCAGUCAACAAAAAAUUAGACUGCAAGGGUUCCCAGACUUAUAAGAGGCAGCCCUUUCGGAACUCAGAGCAGCCAUCUACCUCCACUUCUUUCCAACGUCCCUAUUCUCAAGGCAUGGAUAGGUCCCAGGACUGCCAGGCCUUUCAUGACAGAAACCAUCAACAGUCCUUCUCUAAACGUCCCUACCGUGUAGCAUCCAGUUCCAGAUGUUAUAAGCUACCGCUACCAGUACAGGGCUCUGCCAUUCGGCCUGUCCUCGGCACCUCGGACCUUUACAAAGAUCCUAGCUGUGGUGGUGGCCUUCCUGUGAUCUCGCCUGGUAUGACUGCAUUGCUACUGGAUGACGUCCUCAUUAAGUCAUUGUCAUGGCAACAAGUGGUGGAAGACCUGCAGCACACACUGCGAACCCUUCAACAUCACGGGUUCUCCAUCAACAAGGAAAAGAAUCAUCUGUAUUCGACCACCAGGCUGCAGCACCUCGGCGCCAUCAUCAACACCACCAGUUGCCAGGUCUCCCUGUCUCCAGAGCGGUUGGCAAGCAUCAGAAGCCAGGUGUUGCAGGCUCUCAUUGGCCCGCCCUUUGAACCUCUCGAAUCGGCCAACCUCAAACAUCUUACAUUUAAGACAGCCUUUUUGAUUGCGAUCACGCCGGCACGGCGAAUUUCUGAAUUGGCAGCACUGUCAAUUCGCGAAGACUUAUGCUUGAUACAACCUGAUAGAAUUGAAAUAAAAGUAUCUUAUCUGGAAUUUUCCCUUUUAAUGAAAAUCUUUCCUUUAUUUCUUUCAGAUAUAAAACCUUCCAAUAUUCUUCUGGAUAGAAAUGGAAAUAUUAAACUCUGUGAUUUUGGCAUUAGUGGACAACUUGUAGACUCCAUUGCCAAAACCAGAGAUGCUGGAUGCCGGCCAUAUAUGGCACCAGAGAGGAUAGAUCCUAGUGCAUCCAGGCAAGGAUAUGAUGUCCGUUCUGAUGUCUGGAGUUUAGGGAUUACAUUGUAUGAGUUAGCCACAGGACGGUUUCCUUAUCCUAAGUGGAAUAGUGUAUUUGAUCAGCUGACACAAGUGGUCAAAGGAGACCCACCACAACUGAGCAACUCAGAGGAACGGGAGUUCUCCCAAAGUUUUAUCAACUUUGUCAACUUGUGCCUUACAAAGGAUGAAUCCAAAAGGCCAAAGUAUAAGGAGCUUCUGAAACAUCCCUUCAUUCUAAUGUAUGAGGAACGAACAGUGGAUGUUGCAUGCUAUGUUUGUAAAAUCCUGGAUCAAAUGCCAACAACUCCCAGCUCACCAAUGUAUGUUGAUUGAUACUGCUGCUAUAUCAAAACUCUAGAGCAAAUGCUGAGAGAAAGCAAGAUGUACAGAAUCUUCACCCCAUAUUGCAGUGUUUUAAUGCUCGCCCAGACACCAUGUGCAAUAAUGUUGGUGUUACUCCUCCAUUCUGUCUGUAUAUCAUUGUCACUUACCAAGUGGAUCCAUGUAAUACCCGAACUCACAGUGUUAGUGUCAAGUCAAAGAGAGACUUUGUUUUGCUCUUUUUGUGGACAUGUACAUAAAAUGUGGAAAUAAGUAACAUUUUAUUUGUUGACCAUGAUUGGAUAGCACCUAAAAGUUAAGUUCUAAACUCAGAAACUUCUCAGCAGCUACUGGAGGGAUUUUAUUCUCAAAUUCUUCCAACUGCUACAAAUAAUUUAAAGGAAAGGAAGUUAGUUGUUGGUCUGUCUGUUUCGAAAUAUAAAAACAAUACUGCUUGGGAGACAAUAACUUGUGCAGCCAAAUGGAGCUACUUUUACCUUCUGGAGCUAGCAAAGGCAAACGGGGGAUAAUAUAUAAAUAUAUAUAUAUAUAAAUAUAUUUUUCUUCACAAAGUGCAAUAGAUUGAGUUGAAAUUCUGUUGCUUUUCAGCCACAGUGUAUAUUUUUUAAAACAGUGUGACUCAGCAGAACUUCAUAAUGUUGGGGGAGGAAAGAGUGAUCAUGUAAAAUGGAUUAUUUCUUUACCAAAAACAUUCAGUGCGUUGAAAGAGCUAACAAUUCAACUUAUAAGGGAGAAAGAGUAAUGUAUUCUUUCACUUUCCAUGGAAACCAGUCUUCAGCAGAAUUAGGUAUCCUACAAACUGUUAACCAAUGAGAUAAAAUUUUGAACUGAGGAAUUAUUAAACUAUUCAGUGGAAUUUAACUGGCUUGUGAUCCCUGAUUUCUAACUAUAACCUGGUGAUUAGUUGGCUAACUUUCACAUUUGGAAAGGACACUGGAUGACCUGCAGUUGUGAAUAGCUGUAUUUACCUUAUUAAAGAACUCCAGGUGUGAUUUGGAUCUCUGCUUCCUAUCUGAUAUCAAGUAUCAAAGCAGAUAAGCUUCCUUCCUCCCUUUCAGUUAGAUAACUUAUACUUCCAAAAUCACAACAAAAUGGUGCUAAUUAAUUUGAUGUACUUUGGAUGAUGAAUUUGAUUUCCACUAUACCAUUCUGAAAAUGGAAUUCAGUUUUUUAUAAUGGCUUAUUGAUAUAUAUAUAUAUUAUGGAGAAAAUUGCUGAGUCAACAUCUGAUGGCACAUAAUCAAUAUUUGUAAUGUAAGGGAAUUAAUGUGUUAAAUUCUUCAAAGGACAGAAUACAGAACAAGGAAUUUUAAUAUUGUCAAUCCAAGAAAAAAAGCCAUAUAAAAUUAAACUGGUUUUAAUUUCUUCAGCUAUAUUUGAUGAAAUACUCAUUUCUAACUGACAGUGGAAAAGAAGUGACCCUUGUAAGACACAACACAAUGGAAACAAGAUCUUAUUGCUUUAGCCAUUUAACUCUUAUAUUUCUAGUUUACCAACUGGUUAAUAAACUUUCAAGACAUGAAACAAUCAGUCUAAACAGGAACCUUUGCCCCUGCAAGAACAUAUGGAAUCACAAAUGAGAUAUUGUUUGAAUUGAAUUUGGUCUUUAAUAAUGCAAUGAUUCUUCUUUUUAGUCCUUUCAGGCAAAAGAAGUACAGAGCCUCCCAGCCUUACGUAUCAGUUUUCUGUUGGCUCUUCCUUGUCUUUGCCCCCCCCCCAAAAAAAAGAAUAAUUGUUAUAGAGCCCCAUUUCCCAAUUCUAUUAUUUGUUUAUAUAAGCAGAAUAUUUCCAUGCAGUUGAUCAGAAAAUGGAGGUAGCUUCCAACGCAGGCUCAGUGCGAUGGAAGUUCUAGCAUAUUAAUCAUAGAUUGUUAUAAUAUACUAUUAAGGGUGCAGCAUUUAUAUUACAGUGUAUGUUUAUAAAGAUGUAUAGUGUUCAGAAGCUGUGAAAAUAGUGUAAGAACUGUACAUUGUGAGCUCUGGUUAAUUUUCUUCUUCUUGUACUAUAGCAAAAAAUGUAUAAAAGUUUAUUGAUAAGCUGAUGUGCAGGGAUAUUGCCUAAUCGUCUGUAAGUAAAAUGGAGUUUCACAACAUGAUGGCUUUUAAGAGCUUCCAACUAUUUUAUCUUUUCCUGAAUUGACUUCCUGUUCUAUUUAAGAUAUUCUACAUGGAAUCAAAGUGUUUAAUGUAAUAGUUCUAUUUUUUUUCGCCUGCAGGUCAGUUGUAAUAAAUCAAGGAUGCAACGUAGACCUUGUUAAUUUUUGUUAUAAGGUCAGGUAUGCAAUGGGGAAAUCAAUAAAUGCCACCUUUCUCUGG